AGCCACACCCACCUAGGGCGGCCUUGCCUCAGGGCCCGCCCACUUCCGGCCUCGCGUGGGCCGCAAUCACUGUUCCGCAGUUCCCGCCUGCAUUCUUCGCGCCCUCUUCCUGGAGUCCCGGCUGUCCUUCAGCCCGCCCCAACACUGACACUCAGUCCUCAGUCGUCGAGGGCAGCUCCCGCGAGGGGCUCGUUUGGCGAACUCAAAACGCUCAGCGCGCACCACAGGGCGUCCGCCCCGACCCCGCCCCCCGUCCACCGUCCCCGGAGGCCUCCAGCUCGGCCCCGCCCCUGUCCCUUCCCGGUGGCGGAGCCGCUUCGCCUCGCGUCCCGCCCGUUACUGCAGCGCUCCCGCCUUCCCGCCGCCGUUGUCGGGACCAGCCGCUCGGGGCUGGGCUGAUACAGCCGCUUCACCGCGCCCCUCCCCGCGACCAUGGCCUCCUCCGAGGUGGCGCGGCACCUGCUCUUUCAGUCUCACAUGGCAACGAAAACAACUUGUAUGUCUUCACAAGGAUCUGAUGAUGAACAGAGAAAAAGAGAAAACGUUCGUUCCUUGACUAUGUCUGGCCAUGUUGGUUUUGAGAGUUUGCCUGAUCAGCUGGUGAACAGAUCCAUUCAGCAAGGUUUCUGCUUUAAUAUUCUCUGUGUGGGGGAAACUGGAAUUGGAAAAUCAACACUGAUUGACACAUUGUUUAAUACUAAUUUUGAAGACUAUGAAUCCUCACAUUUUUGCCCAAAUGUUAAACUUAAAGCUCAGACAUAUGAACUCCAGGAAAGUAAUGUUCGAUUGAAAUUGACCAUUGUGAAUACAGUGGGAUUUGGUGACCAAAUAAAUAAAGAAGAGAGCUACCAACCAAUAGUUGACUACAUAGAUGCUCAGUUUGAGGCCUAUCUCCAAGAAGAGCUGAAGAUUAAGCGUUCUCUCUUUACCUACCAUGAUUCUCGCAUCCAUGUGUGCCUCUACUUCAUUUCACCGACAGGCCACUCUCUGAAGACACUUGAUCUUUUAACCAUGAAGAACCUUGACAGCAAGGUAAACAUUAUAAAAAAAAAAACCAAAGCAGAUACGGUUUCUAAAACUGAAUUACAGAAGUUUAAGAUCAAGCUCAUGAGUGAAUUGGUCAGCAAUGGCGUCCAGAUAUACCAAAAAAAAAAAAAUGAUGACACUAUCGCUAAGGUCAAUGCUGCGAUGAAUGGACAGUUGCCAUUUGCUGUUGUGGGAAGUAUGGAUGAGGUGAAAGUUGGAAACAAGAUGGUCAAAGCUCGCCAGUACCCUUGGGGUGUUGUACAAAAAGAAAAUGAAAACCACUGUGACUUUGUAAAGCUGCGGGAAAAAAAAAAAAAAACAAACAUGGAGGACCUGCGAGAGCAGACCCAUACCAGGCAAAAAAAAAAAUACAGGCGCUGCAAACUGGAGGAAAUGGGCUUUACAGAUGAAAAAAAAAAAAACAAGCCGGUCAGUCUUCAAGAGACCUAUGAAGCCAAAAGACAUGAAAAAAAAAAAGAACGUCAGAGGAAGGAAGAAGAAAUGAAGCAGAUGUUUGUGCAACGAGUAAAGGAGAAAGAAGCCAUAUUGAAAGAAGCUGAGAGAGAGGAAAAAAAAAAACUACAGGCCAAAUUUGAGCACCUUAAGAGACUUCACAAAAAAAAAAAAAUGAAACUUGAAGAAAAGAGAAGACUUUUGGAAGAAGAAAAAAAAAAAAACUCUAAAAAGAAAGCUACCUCCGAGAUAUUUCACAGCCAGAAAAAAAAAAAAACAGGCAGCAACCUGAGGAAGGACAAGGACCGUAAGAAGAAAAAAAAAAAGGAAAAAAAAAAAAAAUUCGAACUCCUGUGCGUUGAUGUCAGAACUUGUGAAAACAGUGGUGGACGUAAAGAUGCAGAGAAAGGUAGAGAGGGCCAGAGUGCAAGGAAAAAAAAAAAAGUAGCAUGUGGAUGAUAAUCACAAGGCGUGUAGGUUUGGAAAAAAAAAAAAAAUCAAUUACCCAAGUUUUAGAAAAUAAGUUUAUUUUUCAAAAAAAAAAAUUUCCUUCUGUACUUUGUGUCCCUUGUUUUAUUUCUCCCAAAAAAAAAAAACCUGUUGGUUUAACUAUUUGGCUGUUGAGGAAAUUCAUCAAAAAAAAAAAAGUUCAGAAUGCUCAUUUGGUGGACUCUGCCUCAGUUUACUAAAAAAAAAAAUGUGCUAGCAGCAUUGCAUGCUCCCAUGUUCCCCACAGAGAAAAAAAAAAAGUUUAAUGCUCUCACUGCAUCUAUGUCAGACCCAUUUUCAGAAUAUUGCAACUCAACUUUAAAAUAAUAAAACAUAACCUUGGCCCAUUGGAAAAAAAAAAAUUUUUAAACAUGGAGAAGUAAACCACAGGACUUUGGCAGGAAAAAAAAAAAUAUAUAUUUUACAGGGUUUUUUUUUUUUUUUUUUUUUUUUGGAAAAGAAGAAGGAAUUCGCAUGUAUGAUCUUUUAAUGUAAGCUCUGCAAGGGCAUGGAUCAUUAUCUUGUUCAUUGAUAUAGCCAUCCCCAGAGCCUAGAGCAGUUGUCUGGUACAUAGUAGGCAUGCAAUUACUUUUUAAAAGAAUAAGUAGUAUAAAAGCUGUAUUUUAUUCAAGCAUUGAAUUUCAAAAGAUAAACUAUAAAUUUAUUACUGCUUUUCAACCUGCUUUGAAUUUUAAAGCUUAUGGCUCUUUUAUUAAUACUUUUUUUCCUUUCAUCUUAACCCAGUGUUACUAAAAUUAGAUUUCCCAUUUUUUCGCCUAUAUGAAAGAUAAUUUACAUUUACCUUGUAAAAAUUAUUUCCCUGCUCCACUUGAGAACCCUACUGUUGUUUGCAAAAUCAGGGCCAAACCCGUAUUUUUUGAGAGCUCUCUAGAAGAAUUUAUCUUCAAGAAAAUAUGGUUUGGUGUUUUUGGUUUUUUCUUUGCUUUUUCAAAGUCCCAUACCCAGAUAUCCUAUAAUAUACUAGGUGCAUAUUUGCUAAUUUUUACUUCUUGAAUGUUUUCUUUCAAAGUGUACCAAUCAAAAGGUUCUUUUUCUUUCCAGCUCCAAUUUUUUGUAAAACAGAAGUUCCAGAGCACAGAAGGUCAUCAUCACAAGCAAACUUUAUUAAAAAAAAACUAGAAGUGUGCUUUGAUUUUGCUGUUUUUAUUUGUUUUAUCACUUCUAUAUUUGGUGAACGGCCACAGUUACUGAUAUUUAUGGAAAAGUACUUUCAAGUACAAGGUCAAUACAUAAGCCAGAGUGAAUGAUACUACAAGUUGAGCAUCUCUAAUUCAAAAAUCUGAAAUCCAGAAGCUUCAAAAUCUGAAUCUUUCUGAGCACUGACUUGACCCCACAAGUGGAAAAUUCCCCACCUGACACCUUUGCUUUCUGAUGGUUCAGUUUAAACGGAUUUUGUUUCUUGCACAAAAUUAUUAAAAAUGUUAUAUAAAUUACUUUCAGGCUAUAUGUAUAAGGUGGAUGUGAAACCUGAAUUAUGUAAUUAGUCAGGUCCCAUUGUAUAUAUGCAGAUAUUCCAGAAUCUGAAAUCCAAAACACUUCUGGUCCCUAGCAUUUUGGAUAAGGGAUACUCAGCUUGUACCUACAUAUUCAUAUAUAUUCACUGUUGUUAGAAAUUUUUAAGUUGCUGUUUUGUGAUGAAUCUAAAUCUUUUGUCUUGCUACCAAGCUAUUGUCACUGCAGUGCAUUAUACCAAAGAGCAAAGUGUCAGUGCCAUUGAAAAUACAGAACCCAUUAAUAUCGUGACUAUAUGAUUGCAUUUAUAUUCCAAGGUGAACCUUUUUUAUACUAAAAAUUUUGGGGAAUAUGUUUUGGGAUGUAUUAUAGAGCUGAAACUCUAACCUCUUAAUAGUUUUAUAGAACUUAAAAAUUUUUGAUACAGUUACCCAAUUGGUGAUACGAUCUUAAGCUUUUAUGUCAAAUUAUUUAAUAUGACUUCAUGCUUUAUUAUGCCUUAUUAUGGCUGAUGUAUUACUGUGGUGGAACAAAAUAUCUUUAAAAGUUAAAACAUCCAAAUAUAUAAACUCUUUUUUCCUAAUGAUAAAGUACCUUUGAGUAUGAGUGUAUCACAGUUUUUAUUAGGAAAACUUUUCAUUACAUGCUUGUUUAAACUCUGUCUUCCAGGGGAAAAAUAAUAAGGUUGAAUCAUUUUAUUAAAAAUACAUUUUGAGAAAAUAACUAGGAACAUCUGAAUAUUAAAGAUAUGAAAAUGCACAUAAUUCAUAUUUCAGGUGGUAUUUGCAUUCAGUGCCUUACUAGUAUUCUCAGAACAUUUUAAUGAUUUCUAACAUUUCUUAACAGUCAUAGAUAUAUAAAUUUUCAUUUUUUGUACUUGAGUAUUCUAAAUAAAACUGACAUUUACUCUUGACAAAUAAAACAUAUAUAUUUACUAAAAUGUGUUUAAUUUUCCUUUUUGAAAACUGUCAUUUUCAAAACAUUCAUUUAAUUACUCAUUUGAAUUAUUUUGGAGAUGAGGUAUUUUAUGCGUAUUUUCAGACAAUAAAACUUAUUAGUCUGUGUCAGAUUCUGAGCAAUCAUAAAGUCAUCCAAGUUGUAAAUAAAACCUUGCAUA